AUAAAUAAAAUGUUUCGUCCCACACGCUUUAGUUUCUAAGCUUAUUUCUAUAUAAGUUAGCAGGAUAUGAGUGGAUGUAAUGUUGCUUCAACAUAUCCCCAUCUUUAGAUCAAAAUUACUUUGUGCAAGAAACACGAAGGUAUUUUUCUUGGUUACAUGAUUAAUUCUUCAUUGAAUCAUUCUAUAGUCGGUUUUGUCCAAGACUAGGAAAAAGCAUAAAAUGAGAGUGGCGGUGAUCGGAGGUGGGAUAAGUGGGUUGGGAAGUGCCUACGUUCUUGCAAAAGAAUAUGGAAUCGAGGAAGUGGUGUUGUUCGAAAAGGAGGAGUCUUUAGGAGGUCAUGCUAAAACGGUGCGUUUUGAUGGCGUUGACUUCGACAUUGGAUUCAUAGUCUUCAAUACUGUUACGUAUCCGAACAUGAUAGAAUUCUUCAAGAACCUAGGAGUAGACAUGGAGGUUUCAGACAUGUCUUUCUCAGUAAGCCUUGACAGUGGCCGAGGUUGCGAGUGGGGAUGCCGCAGCCUUUCCAGCUUGUUUGCUCAGAAGAGAAACAUUUUCAGUCCGUAUUUUUGGAAAAUGAUCACAGAAAUAAAGAAGUUUAAGGAAGACGUACUAAAAUAUUUAGAAGAUCGGGAGCGUAACCUUGACAUGGACCGAACCAAAACCCUAGGAGGGUUUCUCAAGUCUCGUGGUUACUCUGACUUAUUUCAAAAGGCUUACUUGGUGCCGGUAUGUAGUUUGAUAUGGUCAUGUCCAGCAGACAGUGUCCUUAACUUUUCGGCGUACUCUGUUCUUUCAUUUUGUCGCAAUCACCAUUUGCUUCAGAUCUUUGGGAGGCCACAAUGGCUAACUGUUGCUGGACGUUCUCAGACAUAUGUGGCAAAGGUAAGGGCAGAACUGGAGCAACGAGGAUGUAAAAUCAGAACAAGUUGCAAAGUAGAAUCUGUUGCGACAUCUGAGGAUGGUUGUGUCAUAGUAACUACUGAAGAAGGAUCUCAAGAAGUAUACGAUAAAUGCAUAUUAGCUGUGCAUGCACCAGAUGCUCUGAAAUUGCUUGGAGAGCAAGUUACACAUGAUGAAACUAGGGUUCUCGGUGCUUUCCAGUAUGCUUACAGCGAUCUUUAUCUCCACGGUGACACUGAUCUGAUGCCACGGAACACUUCUGCUUGGAGCGCUUGGAAUUUCCUAGGAGAUUCUGAAAAUAAAGCGAGCCUCACAUAUUGGCUCAAUAUAAUUCAGAAUCUUGGAGAAGAACGUGAUCCAUUCUUUCUCACCAUUAAUCCUGAACAUACCCCGAAGGAAACAUUUUUCAAAUGGACCACUGGUCACCCUCUGCCCUCUGUUUCCACUUGGAAAGCUUCUCAAGAGCUGCACAAUAUUCAAGGGAAGCGUGGUAUAUGGUUCUGUGGUGCAUAUCAAGGAUAUGGUUUCCAUGAAGACGGACUAAAGGCUGGUAUGGCGGCUGCACAAGGUUUGCUAGGGAAACAGAUGGUGACUCCCCUGAGCAACCCGAAACACAUGGUCCCGUCUCUAACCGAGAAAGGGGCUAGGUUUUUCUUUACUAGAUUCUUGAGAAAUUUUAUAUCGACGGGUUGUGUAACAAUACUUGAAGAAGGAGGAUCCGUGUACACUUUCGCCAGCAAGAAUUCAAGAUGUCAAUUAAAAUCGGUCCUAGUGAUUCACAGUCCUCAGUUUUACUGGAAGGUUAUGACACAAGCAGAUUUAGGUCUUGCUGAUGCUUAUAUCAAUGGAGAUUUUUCGUUUGUUGAUAAAGAAAGAGGGCUUUUGGAUCUGCUCAUGAUACUCAUUGCUAACAAAGAAUUAAACUCAAACAACUCAAAUCAUGCUAAGAGAAGGGGAUGGUGGACACCAAUGUUUCUGACUGCCAGUUUGGCAUCUGCAAAGCAUUUUCUAAAGCAUGUCUCUAGGCAGAACACAUUAACUCAAGCUCGAAGGAACAUUUCUCGUCACUAUGACCUUAGUAAUGAGCUUUUUGCUUUGUUCUUGGAUGAUACCAUGACUUAUUCCUCUGCUGUAUUCAAGUCGAAUGAUGAGGAUCUGAGAACAGCACAAAUGAGAAAAAUAUCUCUUCUGAUUGAUAAGGCAAGAAUAGAGAAGAACCAUGAGGUUUUAGAAAUUGGGUGCGGGUGGGGAACUUUGGCCAUAGAAGUUGUGAGAAGAACUGGAUGCAAAUACACUGGCGUUACUCUAUCUAUUGAACAACUUAAAUAUGCAGAGCAAAAAGUGAAAGAAGCUGGACUUGAGGAUCGGAUUAAGUUUGAGCUCUACGAUUAUCGCCAACUAUCUGAUGCUCACAAAUAUGACAGGAUUAUAUCUUGCGAGAUGCUUGAAGCUGUUGGCCACGAGUUCAUGGAGACAUUUUUCACUCAUUGUGAAGCUGCACUUGCAGAAGACGGCAUUUUUGUAUUGCAGUUCAUAUCAAUACCGGAGGAGCGUUACGAUGAGUACAGACUAAGUUCAGAUUUCAUUAAAGAAUACAUAUUCCCUGGUGGAUGCCUUCCUUCUUUAGGCAGAGUUACUUCAGCCAUGGCAUCUUCCUCUAGGUUAUGUGUUGAAAACGUGGAGAACAUUGGGAUUCAUUACUACCAGACACUGAGAUGCUGGAGGAAGAAUUUCUUGGAAAGACAAAAACAAAUCAUUGAUCUUGGAUUUGAUGAUAAGUUCAUUAGGACAUGGGAAUAUUAUUUUGACUAUUGUGCAGCUGGAUUCAAGACACUUACCCUUGGAAACUACCAGGUAGUGUUUUCACGUCCGGGAAAUGUAGCUGCACUCGGCGAUCCAUUUCAUUGCUUCCCUUCUGCUCAGAGUUAAUCAAGAGUAGAUGAAUCAUUUUUAAUCUUUAUGCACUACUCUCAUUAUUUGGGUUGUUUCCAAUAAAAGAUUCAAAGUUUGCGUGUGAAAGUAGAUAUGUAAAUUUAAAAAAAAAAAAACAAAAUCGUUGCAUGAUUGAUUAUGCGCUCUUUACCAACAAUAUUGUACUGUCCAGACCAUGUAUCAAUUCAUUCUACAUCAAAAGUUCAUAACCAUCUCAACAGUGUCACCCACCAAUCUUGUACGAGUACAAGAGGAAGGGCCCGCAAGCUUAAAGACCGCGUAAGGAAUCUGCAUGUGGUCCAAAUGAAUGUUGGUACUAUAAGGCAAUAAAGCUUUAGAAGAGCUGAAGAAUAAGGGAUCUGACUUGGCAAAGAUCUGUUGUACAUGUACUGUUAGGAUUACACUUGAAAGGUGUAAGUUAGACACAUAUGAAAUGUUGGGGUCACGCAGUCCAUACACUCUGGUGAAAGAGAGAAUUAUUUACACCCGUAGUUCAUACACUAAAUGGUGUAAAAUAAGUAGGAUAGAAAUGAGUCGUUGCACCAAAAAAAAUUCAAUAUAAAAUUGAUUAUGAAGAGAUAUAGUCUCAUGUGGUAGAAGCAACUACUUUCAAGAUUUUAGUCUGGUAAUAAAGCAAGACUUAAAUUAUACGAUCCACUGAAAAAUGAUAAUUUUCAAAAGAUAAAAUCCAUGAAGGAUUGAUUAUAUCAAAACUAUGUUCCCCAUGAAACAAAAUAUUUUCUAGGAUAUAUAAAAUAUUAUGAGGUUAACUAAUGUAUUCAUUUGUAUUUAUCAAGAGAUUAUGAAUCAAUAGAAUCAUUAAUUUGAAUAUAAUCCAAACUCUUGAAGUAACAAACUGUUUGUUUAGAAGAAAGAUCUUGAAACGACUACAAUGUUAUGUAUUCCAAACUGGACAUUUAUAAUAAGAGAUGUUUUGGGUUAUCUUAGAAGAUCUUUAAAUUUUUUGAAAUGAUCAUAAAUUAGUGAUCUUGAAGUACCAUAAUUAAAGUGUUAUUUUGAGCAAGUUACUAAUCUUUGUGUGAUUAGUAAAGAUCACAAUCGUGAGAAUAUAGGGGUAUCACUUAGUUGGUCAAUCAUGUUCAUCUGUGAGAGAGAAUCAUGUUGAUUCUCUAGGUGUAAGAUUUACCAAACAAUACAACAUAUCUCGUUUCUGAUUUCAUUUUUUACAAGAACAAAGUACAAAAUCAUGAUAAAGUGGUAUUAGAGCAGUUCUGAUUCCGACGAUACUAUGCCUCCGAAGAAAGAACAUGAAAACAAAGAUCUUUUGCACAUGGCUAUGGCAGCGUUUUUUUACUAGUGAGGGAAUAAAGCUUUUAGAUGUGGCUUAGAAAAGAUCUGUUGCACAUGUAUUGUUGGGAUCAUGCAAGAAAGGUGUGACUUGGAUGCAUAUGGAAUGUUGGGGCCAUGAGAAAAUGUGUGACAUGUGAACAGUGGCGGAGUAAGAAAUAUUCUUUAUUGGAGGAAAAAUAAUUAAAUUAUUUACUAAUAAUUAAUAUUUAUAUAUAAAUAUUU